ACCACCCCCCACCCGCACACAGAGACAACCGCGGGAGGGCGGACUCCUCUGCGUGCCCCUACGCUGGGGGAAUUGUGGGAUAGUGGCGGACGGAUUCGGGCGUCGGAGCCUGUGAAGCUAACUGCAAAGCCGAGAGACCUCGCCGCUGUGAGGAAGGGGCGGUGGAGGAAGCGGGCCUCAAGUUCCGUCAACCGCUGCUCAGCACUGCGGCCUACUCGGGCUGCGGAGGAGGACGUCUUCCCUAACCAGACUUGACUUUGCCGCGGGGCGCUGGACCUGGGAGACCGAGGCGGCUCCUCUGCUGAGGGCUUGCGCGGGCCUCGCGACCCCGCCGACCUCCCACAGCCCCGGGUCGGACUCGCGCCCACCUUGCCGGCGGCCCCACACCCAGCCGGCGCGGCCCCCCGAACUCUGGAACUGGGUGCUCGCGGGCCGCCCCGUAGGCUCGAGGACGCGUGCGCGAGCUCCGGCCCCGGCCGCAGCGCCUGCGCCCUCGUGAGACCUCGCCGCCCCCCGCCCCCACGAACCGGGCUCCCGAACAGAGCCAGAGCCGCUGGCGGCGGGGCGGGGGGGGCGCCCCGAUGAGCCCGGAGUGCGAGGAGCCGCCGCCGCCCCCCCGCGCAGGGCGCCAUGUUUUGGAAGUUUGACCUGCACACGAGCUCGCACCUGGACACGCUGCUGGAGCGAGAGGACCUGAGCCUGCCCGAGCUGCUGGACGAGGAGGACGUCCUGCAGGAGUGCAAGGUUGUCAACCGCAAGCUGCUGGACUUCCUGCUGCGGCCGCCACACCUGCAAGCCAUGGUGGCCUGGGUGACCCAGGAGCCGCCGGCCAGCGGCGAGGAGCGGCUGCGCUACAAGUACCCCAGUGUGGCCUGUGAGAUCCUGACGGCGGACGUGCCCCAGAUCAAUGACGCCCUGGGUGCGGACGAGUCCCUGCUGAACCGACUCUACGGCUUCCUGCAGAGCAGUGACUGCCUCAACCCACUGCUGGCCAGCUUCUUCAGCAAGGUCAUGGGCAUCCUCAUCAACCGCAAGACGGACCAGCUCGUGUCCUUCCUGCGGAAGAAGGACGACUUUGUGGACCUGCUGCUGCAGCACAUCGGCACCUCGGCCAUCAUGGACCUGCUGCUGCGCCUGCUCACCUGCGUGGAGCGGCCCCAGCUGAGGCAGGAAGUGGUCAACUGGCUCAACGAGGAGAAGAUUGUCCAGCGGCUCAUCGAGCAGAUCCACCCAUCGAAAGAUGACAAUCAACAUUCCAACGCCUCCCAGUCCCUGUGCGACAUCAUCCGCCUGAGCCGGGAGCAGAUGAUCCAGGUGCAGGACAGCCCGGAGCCUGACCAGCUGCUGGCCACCCUGGAGAAGCAGGAGACGAUCGAGCAGCUUCUGAGCAACAUGCUGGAGGGGGAGCUGAGCCCAUCCGUCCUUGUCAGCGGAAUCCAGGUGCUGCUGACCCUGCUGGAGCCCAGGAGGCCACGGUCUGAGUCUGUGAUCGUGAACAACUUCUUCAGCACCGUGGACGGGCAGCUGGAGCUGCUGGCCCAGGCCACCCUGGACAGCGCUGUGUCCUGCGUGGGCGCCCUGCAUGCCCUGCGCCCUCGACUCGGCCGCUUCCAUGAGCUCCUGCUGGAGCCCCCAGAGCUAGAGCCACUGUGCACAACCUGGGGCACCCUGGCCCCACCGCUGGGCACCACGCGGCUGCACGUGGUCAAGCUGCUGGCCAGCACCCUGAGUGCCAAUGACGCGGCCCUGACCCAGGAGCUCCUGGCGCUGGAUGUGCCCAACACCAUGCUGGAUCUCUUCUUCCACUACGUGUUCAACAAUUUCUUGCACACCCAAGUGGAGGUGUGUGUGAGCACCAUGCUGAGCACUGGGCCCCCUUCUGACAGCAGCCUCGAGACGCCUGACCCAAACCCCAUCGUGAAACAUCUGCUGCAGCAGGGCCGGCUGGUGGAGCGCAUCCUGACGUCCUGGGAGGAGAACGACCGCGUGCAGUCCACAGGGGGCCCUCGGAAAGGCUACAUGGGCCACCUGACGAGAAUGGCCAACGCCCUGGUGCAGAACAUGGAGAAGGGGCCCAACUCGGAGCAGCUGAGGCAGCUGCUGAAGGCAGAACUGCCGGCUGAGCAGCAGGAGCAGUGGGAGGCCUUCGUGUCGGGACCCCUGGCCGAGACCAACAAGAAGAACAUGGUGGACCUGGUGAACACCCACCACCUGCACUCCUCCAGCGACGACGAGGACGAGCGGCUCAAGGAGUUCAGCUUCCCCGAGGAGGCCGUGCUGCAGCAGGCCUUCGUGGAUUUCCAGAUGCAGCGCAUGACCUCGGCCUUCAUCGACCACUUUGGCUUCAACGACGAGGAAUUUGGGGAGCAGGAGGAGAGUGUGAACGCACCGUUCGACAAGACCGCCAACAUCACCUUCUCCCUCCACGCCGACGACGAGAACCCCAACGCCAACCUGCUGGAGAUUUGCUACAAGGACCGGAUCCAGCAGUUUGAUGAUGACGAGGAGGAGGAGGAGGAGGAGGAGGGCCCGGGCUCUGGGGAGUCCGAUGGGGAGGACGGCGCCUGGCAGGGCCGCCAGCUGGCCAGGGGUGCCCGCCUGGGCCCGCCCUCGAGUGUGCGGAGUGGAGGCAGCACAGACAGCGAGGAGGAGGAGGAGGACGAGGACGAGGAUGACGAGGAGGAGGAGGAGGACGACCGGGUGGCCCGAGAGGAGGCCAGGCCCUCUUACCCCAGCCCGAGCCCCCAGCCUCCUGGCCCCAGCUGGACGGCCACCUUUGACUCAGUGCCUACAGACGCCCUGACCAGCCCCCAGGGCUCCCGGGAGAAGGAGCCGUGCUCCGGGCCCCUCGCCCCGCAGGGGCCCCUGGGCGUCCCUGCCCCAAGCCCAGCCGGCCCUGUGGCACCCAGUCCCCUGCAGCUCAGGUCUCAGGACCCCACACCUCCCUCUGCACCUCAGGAAGCCUCCGACGGCAGCAAAGUAGCAGAGCUCUCAGCCCCCUGUCAGGCCUUGGUCAGCGUCAGGGACUUCCAGGCCACCCUCAGAGGGACGAGCUCUGUCCCCAGCUCCUUGGACAGUGCAACCAGAGACUCUGCUACCUCUGUCCCAAGCCCCGGGGCCCCCCAGCUUCUCCAGACCAUGGAAGGGGAGAAGAGCCCCAAACCCUCGGGGCUCCCUGAAAGCCAGAGUGCCCAGGCCCCCCAGCCACCUUCAGCACCCAGCGACUCUGCCCAGGGAGGGCCCGUGUCCCCAGGCUCCUAAUAACUGCCUGGUUCCGGUGGUGGCGGCCAAGUCCUCGUCCUGUGCGUGGACCCUGCUUGGGCGGGGUCCGGGCGGGUCCCCCGCGGCCUGUUGCCCCAUCGCCCCAUCCCACCCCCGCCCCCGCCCCACAUUCUCUCCUCUGCACUCCCAGGAGGCUGACGCCGGGGAGACAGGCCCUACCCACCCCUGUUUGCACUGAGAAAAGAAAUGAUGGAGUUUCGUCUCCUAGAAUAAAGAUACAGAGUUGAGUAGAGCGAAAGGAGAGAGAGAGAGAGAGAGAGACCUAUAUUAUAUAUUAUAUACGUAUUGAGGGAGGAGGGGUGGGAGCAGAGCCAGGCCUGGGCGGGCAGGGUGGGGCUGCGAGGGGUCCCGGGCGCUGUUCUCUCCCUCUGGGUGUAGACGCCACCCCCACACUCCACACGUGGCCUUUCAGCUCAGGUCCACCUGGGGGGCCCGAGGGGGGCUGUGCCUUUGACCCAACCCAUGCCCCAGACCCUGCACUUUCCCCGGGCUGGGGGCCGGGGGUCCCAAUCCAGGGGGCCCUCUGGUGGCAUUCCCACGAGGCCCUGACAUACUCCGGAGACCCCUGCGCCUCCCACAGACCCUGGGGCAGGGGUGUGGUGGGGGUCUGGCUGGGGUCCCCCUCCAGUGCCUGAGGGUCUGGGCUCCAGCCCAGCUGCCAAGUGACCUUGUCCCAGCCCCUGUCAGGCUGGCGUGAGUGUGCGUGUGUCCGUGCUGAGCUUCUGUUUCACGUUGCAAAUACAAAUAAACAGAGGAAGACGG